AAGUUUAGUAACAUUUUUUUAUAAGUUUUUUUAAGUUGGCUAUUUCGAAUGUGAUGAGAGUGAAGUAAUCUAACCUAUAAAAGUACCAAAAUAAGCUAUUUUUAUGGCUUGUCUAACAAGAAUCCUUCGACUGAAUCAGUUCAGACAUUGUCUGACUUUUGCCCGUAACCUAACCUCAAAUAAUGCCCCCGUCGUAACAUCUCUUGUCCCUCAAGUAAGUUUAACAAACAAUCCGUGGAUAUGGCAAAAAAACGACAAAGUGGAAGCACCAAAAAUAAAAAACAUAGUUCACAUUGAUUUACCCAACGGUUUGAGAUAUGUACCCCCAUUGGAAGACCCGUCCUCAGACAAAGAAAUUGAAUUACCUACCAUCAAUGGGGACGUUACGAAAGAAGCGGCUCGUUUAAUUGUGAUAAGGCGGCGCAAAAUGAAAAGACACAAGUUGAAGAAAUUGAGGAAACGCAUGAAGUUUGAGUGGGCAAAGAAACGCCAAAGGCGCGAAUGGAACAAGGAAAAACUAUUCCAAGCCGAACUCAUCAAGCAGUGCAAAGAGGGCGAGGCCUUUUCAGCUGAAAAAUACGUCGAGGAGCGUUUAGCCAAAUUGAGGGAAGUCACAGCAUUGAAAAACAAAGUUUUUAUAAAAACGAAUGUAUGGGUGCAACUGAUGAAGCAAAAAAUGAAAUAACUAUUUGGAGCAGGGAGUAAAUAGGUGAAUUAAA